AUGGACCCAGACAUACCACACACCUCGAUUGAACAGGAUGCCCUCCCCAACAUCAACACCAGUUCACACUCUCCCGCGUCGCCCUCCAUCCACAUCAAUCCCUUCCCUCGCUCGCACUUGAAUUCUGCCGCCUCAGUCCCGCUGCCUCCCUCCUCGCCCAUGCGCACACCCCACCACACCCCAAUCGCGAGCAAACAGAAGAGUCUCUCUCCCAAGCCACCCUCUCGUCCACCCUCACGAUCCCCGUCUGUGGCCAGUUCAUAUCGUGGAGAAAAACAAUCCACUCCUACGCUGGCCACCCGGAGGUCGACUUCUAGUCUUAGCACCACAAGAGGAGGGACACCACAAUAUCAGCAGUACCGACGGACUUCCUCCAACCUCAACCCCUCGUCUCCCGCGACAAAUGGCAGAGUGCACUCGGGCAAUCUCUCAGAACGUUCCCCCGUGACGGCCAGCUCAGUCGCCAAGGACUACUUUGGAAGGGAGAUGGAGGCUCAUGCUUUCUUGCAAUCUCCAGUCGUUGUCAUGGUUCACGAUUCAUGCUACGGCCAUCGCUUCUCCCGCCCUCGAUCCACCAAGAACGCCUUGGCCACAAUAGUUGAACGACCAGAGAGAAUCCAUGCCGCACUCUUGGGAGCCUCCGCUGCAUAUGUGCGCUUGGGAGGACGACAUGCCGAAGGCGAAUAUGCUCCCCGACCCAUGCACCAUUCCUCCCACGUGCGCAAUAUCCCCUUUCAGAUCCGCAAGACUUCUCGAAAUAUCCCGCUCACGCACCCAUCUGUGGCUUUCGUGCACGGGUCGAAAUGGAUGGAAGAAUUGCAGAUCAUGUGCGAUACGGCCGAGGGGAAACUAGCCCUCAACGGCAAGGAGUUGGUGAGACCGGUCGGAUACGGCAAGGAUGAGAACGGCGAUCCUCUCCCGAAACUACAUGAAGGCGAUCUCUACCUGUGCGCUGAAUCAUUGGCCGCCUUCCAAGGCUGUCUCGGUGGUGUCUGCGACGCAAUUGAUACGGUCUUUUCGUCGGGCGUGACGAACCGCGCCUUCGUCUGCAUACGUCCUCCGGGACAUCACUGUUCUUCCAAUUUCCCUUCUGGCUUCUGCUGGCUGAACAAUGUCCACGUGGGAAUUGCCUACGGGGCCAUGAAUCAUGGUUUGACGCAUGCCGCCAUCAUCGACUUUGAUUUGCAUCACGGAGACGGUUCUCAGAAUAUCGCCUGGGAUCACAACUGCAAAGCUCAAGGGGCAGCAAAGAAUGCCGCCGCGCACAAGAAGACUCCUAUCGGUUACUACAGUCUCCACGACAUCAACUCAUAUCCUUGCGAAUGGGGUGACGAAGAAAAGGUCCGCAAUGCCAGUGUGUGUAUUGAGAAUGCCCAUGGCCAGUCCAUCUGGAACGUCCACCUAGAGCCCUGGAAAUCACACGAGGAGUUUUGGAAACUGUACGAGGCCAAGUACACAAUCCUGCUGGAGAAGGCGAGAAUAUUCCUCCGCAGUCAUACUGCAAGGCUACUACGUGCUUCCGGAAAUCAGCAACCCAAAGCCGCCAUUUUCAUCUCGGCUGGUUUUGACGCCAGUGAGUGGGAAGGUGCAGGCAUGCAGAGACACAGCGUCAAUGUUCCCACUGAAUUCUACGCGCGUUUCACUGCCAACAUCGUCCGACUCGCCCACGAAGAUGAUCUCGGCGUUGACGGUCGAAUCGUCAGCGUGCUCGAAGGGGGAUACAGUGAUCGAGCCCUUACCUCGGGAGCAUUGAGCCAUAUCUGUGGUUUGGCUGGAGACGCCAAUGCCGCAAACACGGGGAGCUUAUCAACGCCUGAAGCAACCAAAUUCCCGACGAUCAACAACUGGGUCCCGCCGGACAUGGAGACAUCGGCCAAAGGCCCGAAUAUUUCUUACUCGGCCGACUGGUGGACGUCGCAGAAUUUGGAAGAACUGGAAGCGGUAGUUGCAGGUCGACAGCCGCCACCCCCCAAGUCGUUGAAAGACAAAACGGGCAACUAUUCUUCACCUACACACGCUUCUACCCUCAAAAUGACUGAUCAUGCUCGGGAGAGGCAGUCACUUUCUGCCCUACAAGCUAGACUCUCCUUGGAAUCCGAAUAUGUGCCGCCGCCACCUGAAGUUGAUUGGGCGAUAGCUUCCUAUGAGUUGUCUCGUGUUAUCAUUCCAGGCGAUCGCCAGACCUUGAGUUGCACACAUGAAGAACUGAACGUAGACGCCACAAAAGCUCGACGCGAACGGCCGUCAACCGCCAGCGUCGCCGCGGCUCCAGAUGAGCGAAUGCAGCUUCGUGGUCGACGAGCUAAAGCACAGCCUACUGGUCUUGUGGGUGUGAGAGCGUCCUCACGCAAUGAGAAUCGGCGGACCACCAUUGCAGCCAUCAGUGAUUUGCCUGACCCCACCAUGCAACACCAUGAGAAUGUCAAUGGUAGAGCCCGACGGAGAUCUAGCGAUGCCUCAAGCAUCCUGUCAGGUUUUCAAGCCAUGAAGCUGUCCGACGAGACUGACGGCGCAAACAAGACUGGCAAUAUACCCUCAAGGACGCCCUCAACUGUUCCGGAGAAACCGCCAAAGGCUGUUGCCGUCAAAAAAACCAGAGCUCCCACUACAAAGGCUCCGGUCAAACCAAAAACUAGUCCACGAAAGCCGAAGUCCACUUCACCCGUAGCUAUCGAUGCUCCAAAGCCUGGAUUAUCCACCCAUGUUGGCGAUGAACAGUCGGAAAGCGAUAAGUUCAAGAGAGAACCGACAACCACUUCGCAGGAAGGAAGCAAUGUAGCGUCGAAAGCGGAUGACAUGGAAAAUCUGACGAACGGAAUGAAGAAGAUCAGUAUCAAGUUGAAGAUGCCGUCAGCAGAAGAGCAUGCGGCAAGACAGCAACAAAAGGCGAUCGAGGACAAGCAGAAGAAAGGCCGCGUGUCACGAAAGCCGCUGCUGGCAAAGAACACCAAGGUCGUCAAGGCAGCCGGCCCUGCAGAUCAGGAUCGCUCUGUUCACAUCCAGCCGAAACCCAUGCCGAGUGAGGGACAGGAGGGGCCUGAAUCAACGACCGACUCAAGAACCACCGUGUUGGAAGCGGAAAACACUUUUGGCCGACAAGGGCAAGCUGGCAGUGCGAUCUUGAAUAAUUCACCCGAACAUCAAGCCUCAAGCCACAGCGGGCCGGACGUCAGACCACCUGAAGUUUCGCAGACGGCGUUCGGUGACGUGCAGAUCACUACCCCCAAUAUGUCUGAUCCAGUCAUCACUGAUCCCGCGCCUUCGACACAAGGGGAUGUCGUUGACCCUCUUCCCCCAGCAUCCAUGAUUCCUUCAACUGAUCAACAAACACUCUCCCAGCCCUUAAACGACCAAAUGCCCCAAAUGAGUGCCGAGUCCACGCAAGUCAGACCGACUUCGGCGAGAAACGUCACGCCGAAGAGAACAAAGCAAGACCUUCCGGUCUUCGACUCGAAUUCGCCGAUUCCAUUUGCGGCCCCGGUGAGUGCCUACAUCAACAACCCGAAUCAAGACCAAGAUGUCAACCAUCAACACUCAAUCCGGGAUAUUCUGGAGACAGCACAGCAGAAUUGA